UCUUUUUCGAAAUUUUCCUUCCUAAAAAAUAUCUGUUGGCUUUAGGUGACGUGCAUUGUACAGACACGGAGCGAUCACAUCGCAUCUCUCUCUCUCUCUCUCUCUCACCAUGUCCGAAUUCCAGCGUGGAUUGCAGGCCUUCGAACGACUCGUCAAAUCAGAUGAAGGCGUGCGCGCUGGUUCAUGCCGCAAGUGCGGUGGAAGCGGGCACUUGACCUUUGAAUGCCGCAAUCUUAUCAAGCUGGAUGAACCCGCACAAAAGCCAAAGAGCAACUCACGGUUCGGGUUCCUGAAAAGGCAGCUUGGUGUCUCCCCUACUUCAUCGCCCUCGCCUUCUGGAACAGGAGCAUCAUCCUCUGCGGGCAAACAGCCGAGCAUUGGAAGGGAAUCAGGAUCUGGAUCGACUCGUAAAACAGAGACCUCCUCCUCCCAAAGAAAAAAAAAGAGGCAAAGCAGCGUUAGCAGCAGUGGCAGCAGUGGCAGCAGUAACAGUGAUAGCGAGUCCGCUUCAGACUCGUCUUCAGACUCAGAAGAUGAUCGCCGACAUAGAAAGAGAAAGCAUCACAGGAAGGAAUCUUCAUCGAGGCAUGCCAAAAGUAGCCACAGGAGUCACAGGAAUCGCCGUAGCUCCUCUCGAGAUCGCUCUCGAGAGAGAAGCAGCCGUAGCAACCACAAGGCUUCAAAGAAAGAGGAUCGUCGUCCAAGGUCGCAAUCUCGUUCAGAUUCUCGCUCUCCAUCGCGCUCAAGAUCUAAAUCAAGAGAACGCAGUAGCAGACGAAGCAGAACUUCUCGACGCGAGGAGCGGUCCCGUUCGCGUUCUCCUGUUUCUUACAGACACCGUCGCUCAAAGGAAACAGGGCCUCACUCCCCCGAUGGAUCAAGAGGACGUCCUCUCAGUAGGUCUGUCUCACCGAUACGACGAUCAUACAGCAGAUCGCAUUCUCCUCCAAGACGUCAGGAUCGUUCCCGCUCUCGCACUCCAAUCGAUAGGGGUCGGGAUCGUAGGUAGCAUAUGACAAGUUUUGGCAAAUUUGGCAAUAAAAAUAAUAUACAUAUCACUAUUGGA